GGAGGAGGGAGAGCCGCUGCAGCUCGGGCUGGGCUCCUCGGAGGCGCCAGAUUGCGCGCAGGUGCACCCGGGGACCGACGACCGCACAGCCAUGGAGCCGUCGCGGGGCAUCGGCACCUUCGUGGUGUGGGACUACGUGGUGUUCGCCGGGAUGCUGCUCAUCUCGGCCGCCAUCGGCAUCUACUACGCCUUCGCGGGGGACAAGCAGCAGACCUCCAAGGACUUCCUGAUGGGCGGCCGCCGCAUGAGCGCCGUGCCGGUGGCGCUGUCCCUCACCGCCAGCUUCAUGUCCGCCGUCACCGUCCUGGGCACCCCCACCGAGGUCUACCGGUUCGGGGCCAUCUUCAGCCUCUUUGCCAUCACCUACCUGCUGGUGGUGGUCAUCAGCGCCGAGGUCUUCCUCCCCGUGUUCUAUAAACUGGGGAUCACCAGCACCUACGAGUAUUUAGAACUUCGAUUUAACAAAUACGUUCGUCUCUGUGGAACAAUCGUCUACAUUAUUCAAACAGUUCUGUAUACUGGAAUUGUUAUUUAUGCCCCUGCCCUGGCGUUGAAUCAAGUCACAGGAUUUGAUCUUUGGGGCGCAGUGGUGGCUACAGGGGUAGUCUGCACAUUCUACUGCACGCUGGGUGGUCUGAAGGCAGUUGUCUGGACAGAUGUGUUUCAAGUCGGGAUCAUGCUGGCGGGAUUUGUUUCUGUGAUCAUACAAGCUUCAGUGGUUCAAGGGGGAAUCGGCAAUAUUAUAAAUGAUGCCCGUAAUGGUGGAAGACUAAACUUCUGGAAUUUUAAUCCUAAUCCUUUGCAAAGACACACAUUCUGGACAAUUAUUUUAGGAGGGACCUUCACGUGGACCAGCCUGUAUGGUGUCAACCAAUCCCAAGUGCAGAGAUAUAUUUCCUGUAAAAGCAGAUUCCAGGCAAAACUGUCUCUCUACAUCAAUCUUGUGGGACUCUGGGUAAUCCUCGUUUGUGCAGUGCUUUGUGGGCUCGCCCUGUAUUCCAGGUAUCAGGACUGUGAUCCUUGGACAAACAAUCAAGUGUCUGCACCAGACCAGCUCAUGCCUUAUUUGGUCCUGGACAUUCUGCAAGAUUACCCAGGACUUCCUGGACUUUUUGUGGCCUGCGCUUACAGUGGAACAUUAAGCACAGUGUCCUCCAGUAUUAAUGCCUUAGCAGCAGUAACUGUGGAAGAUUUAGUCAAACCUAACUUCAGCUCGCUUUCAGAGAGAUCUCUCUCUUGGAUUUCUCAAGGAAUGAGUGUGCUGUUUGGAGCCCUGUGUAUUGGAAUGGCUGCUUUGGCAUCACUAAUGGGAGCUUUGUUGCAGGCAGCACUCAGCAUAAUUGGCAUGAUCGGUGGACCACUCCUGGGCUUGUUUAGUUUGGGCAUUUUGGUUCCCUUUGCCAACUCAAUUGGAGCACUUGUUGGUCUGUUGGCUGGAUUUGCUGCUUCUUUCUGGGUCGGAAUUGGAGCUCAACUCUAUCCUCCACUUCCCGAGAGAACCAUGCCACUAAGCCUUGAAACCUAUGGCUGUAACAACACAUACAAUGGUUCGAAUUGGAUGACAACCACAGCAAUGCCAUUUUCUACUAGUGCUUUUCAAGCACCCAAUGUUGAAAGGACUCCACUGAUGGAUAACUGGUAUUCUUUAUCAUAUCUAUACUUCAGCACGCUUGGAACUCUGGUAACAUUAUUCGUGGGAAUACUUGUCAGUUUACCAACAGGAGGAAGAAAACAAAACUUAGACAGAAAAUUUCUAUUAACUAAAGAGGACAUGUUAUUCAAUUUUGACAAUUUUAAGAAGAAGGAGCAGGUUUUAAGCUAUAAAUCUCAUCCAGUAGAAGAGGGUGGAACCGAUAAUCCUGCUUUCAACCACAUUGAAAUGAACUUCACAGACCCAGGUAGCAGAACCAGUGGGACUCACUUGUGAAGCAGCUGUGAUACUCGAUGAUCAUACAUGGCGGCCCAAUUUUAUAUAUAUUUUUUUAAAGACAAUUCCAUCACAUAUAUAUUCCAUCAUGAGUGUUUUUGGGGAAACCUUUGGGGGAUAAAAUGUUAAAGCAAAGUCCUGACUUUCCUCACACUUAUUUAUUGAUGCUGCUGUGGAGUUCAGAGUUUCAGCAUCAGCAUUUCCCUCUCAAAGUUCUUUAUUUCCAAGAAGCUAUAGUUUUGAAAGUUAUGACUCCCUAUGUGCCAAAAAGCUAAUACACACAUAUAUACACAUAUGAUCAAAAGCAUAUUCUUAAAUUCAGGCAUUAUUAAAAGUAUUUCCCAUCCUUUUGGUUCUAGUAUGUAUGUUUGGGGGGGUUUCCAAAAUCAUAACUAAUAUUGAAAAGAGCUUUUCUCCCUCCUCCUACAUACUCUGUUCUUAGGGAACAGCAAAGCAAUAGGUCUGUAUUGUGUAUAUCUUUGCUUCUCAUUGACUCCUAUCAGCUCAGGGCACAUAUUAGCCUUGGAACCAAUUCUGGCUCAGGAAGGUAGAAAUCAAGAAGCAUGCUAUUUGGGACAGAACAUGGGUUCAAUGAUCUGGUCUUCUUGGUGCUGUGCUUCUAUUCUUAUGCCUUUAUGCUUCUGAAGCUAGAGUUCCUGGCCACUAGCUGCUUGUAUUGUCUUAGACACCGGUUCUUAGCUGCUCUGCUGGUUUCUCACCCAUCAACUUUGAUUUUAUUGUGCACUUUACUUUUGAUUGCCUUCCUAGUUUCCUGUUUACUCUAUUGUCUUGAGACACCCCAUGUGAAUCAUGCUGACCCACGUCCUGGUUCACUAAGCCCUAGCCUAUAAAUUAUAUGCACACAUGAACCUGCUACUGACUGAAGUACCUUCAACAUAGAUAUUCAUGGAUUUGGUGAUCCAAGGACAUUUACACCAUUAAAAAUGGUUAAGUUCCAUGGAGUUAAAUGAUUACAUUGAAUGUAUUAAGUUGAAUUUUUGAAUAUCAACUACUUUGUAAUUAAUUAUAUUUAAUGAUACAUAGGCUUAAAGAUCUUGAAUUCUAGUAUAUUCACCCCUUUAAAGAACUGUAUUAUAUAGGCAAACACUACUAUUGUUCUCUAAUGUUCAGAAAUUAUUAAAUGUAUGCUUUAUUCUGUUUUCACAUUUCAAGUAGCAGUCUCAAAGUUUAUUUUGUUUAUUUUACCUUUCUAGCUAAGAGUUUGAUAAAGUUUUUAUCAAUAAUUUUUAUUUCCUGCAGUAACCGCAGUAGAUAUGGUUCAGAAUUGUGUUUACUUUUAGCUUUGCAAUAUUUGAAAAUUAUCUCAGAGAUAUUUAAGUACAUGAAAAUAUGAUAUAAUUAAAUAAGUUUUUGCUUAUUUUCUGAUAUUAAGGUAAAAUUACUCUGUACAUUUACAGUUGCCAAUUGAAAGCAUUAAUAAAAAAAUAGGAAGUAGCUUUUAUCUAAAAGAGAUUUAAAUAACAUUUAAAAUAUUUCAUAUGUGUAUAUAUAUUUUUAAUCAAUAUAUUUGUAAGCAUACAUUGAAUUUUGUAAACCUGUAAGUUUUAAUAAGUAGAAAGACAUAAUAAUAUUUGUUUUAUAUGAAUGUGAUUUGAACUGUUGUUAUUUAUUUAAUAAUCCUAAAUUCACAUGUGUGUAGAAUUCUUCAAUUUCAGAAAUCAAAAUCAGGUUAAGUUUUUUUUCUUAUCUGGCUGCCAUGGGUUUGGCAAUGUAGUCUUAGUGAGAGAUAUGAUAGUUCCAUUCUCGUCCACUUUCUUUCACUGGAGUAUAUCUUUGUGAUAUUAGGAACUGUUGCUCUUUUACUUUCAUAAAUACAUGAGUGUCAGAUAUAAUUCUUAAAUCAAAGUUAUGUUAUUAUUAUUAAAAAGUAUUUAUCUUAUCUAAAUCUUUGUACAAAAUCAGAGAGGUAAAAGUUACUAUAGUAUAAUAUAAAUUAAUCUAAUUCUUAAUUAUUUUUAAAUUUUAUUUUUAUUAUUGAAAGUAUUAUAGAUUUCCUCCUAGAUUUCUUUCCCCCUUCCCACCAUUGACCCCCUGCACCCUGCCUCCCCUACCUCCUCCAGGCCUUCACCACAUUAUUGUCUGUGUGUCCAUGAGCUAUGUAUAUAUGCAUAUAAAUUCCCUGGUUAAUCUCUCUCCACUCUCCCCCACCACCUCCUACACACACCCUCACAUUCCCUCUGAGAUUCAUCAGUCAUCACAGCAAUCCUAAUGUGAGGGGAAAGCCCACACAAGUUAUCUAUUUUUGUUUUGCCACAGACAAAUUGUGUGAUUGACUUUAUUCUUAAUCUCUUCUAAUGAUGGAACAUAACACUAAACACCUACCUCACAGGAAUACUGUGAGUAUGGAAGGUCAAUAGCAUUCUAUUAACUCAGAUAGUGUUACUUUGAAUCUAAUCUGAUUGGAAAUAAAAUUUUGAGACAAAGCUCAUUUGCUAGUUAAAAAAAAAGCUGUUAAUAAUUUGUAAUGUAAUUAUGUGGAGAUAAAAAAAUUGUGGCAUAGAGGCAUUAAAAUAUAUUUGGUGGUCAGCAGGAUUAAUCUAACAGAGAAUGUAAACAUAAAGGAGGCUUUAGACCAGUCAUACUCCAUAAAGAAAUGAAAAUUUUAUAUAUAGUAGGUGAAAAAGUACAGAUUAUGCAUUUAGUUGAAUAUGCAAUCAUUUUUCUCUCUAGUGGUUCUCAAUGGGGCAAUUUUGCACCUCAGGGGACAUUUGGAAAUAUUUGGAUACAUUUCUGGUUGGCAUAGCUGGUGAGGAGGUGCUACUGUCAUUUGGCAAUCUCACUCCUCCACAACAAAAAUCAUCCUGCCCCUGAUACAGUAGUGUUGUUUGAGAAAUCCGGCCCCGAGACUAAAGUUACAAUCUUGAUUUUCCUGAAGUCACACACCCUGGUUGCAUUCCUUUAGGGAAAUUGCCAUGAGUCUUUUCAGUGACCUUUCUCAUCUACAUGUCAAGAGUAAGUAUCACUAAGCAUGUGGAACAUUUUAAUACAGAAUAAUGACCAUGUGUUUUCACAGCAUUUUGAAAAUAUUAAGGACUGUAGAAUUGUGAAUAAUUAUGAAAACAACUCUUAACAGUUUUGCUUCCCAACAUGAUUUCCAGAAUUAACACACAUUAGGAUGAAGGAAAUAUGUAGUAUAUGAACAUGAAGAUUUUAUAAUAUUGUUUUAUUUAUAAAAAUCCCAGAAGAUAUAGUUUAUUGUUAACAAUUGAGUCUGUCCAUGAUGUAGAUACAAGGAACCAGGAUGAAGUAGAGACAAGGGGACUUACUUACUCUCUGUGUUGAUUCUUACAGGAAAUUCUGACUUUUUUUCAAUAAUGAUUGUUGAUACUAAUUCAACUGAAUGUAUAACCAUUUAGUUACUGAAAAUUCUACUGUACAAUUUUGUCAUGGUAAAAUUUACUUUUACAUUUAACUUGCUGCCCAUUGUUUGUGAAAAAAUUUGAGAGACUUGAACAUUAUAGUGUAAAAUACGGUUGCAUUUCUGAUUUUUCAUCUUGCUGAUUAAAUACUCUAUAAAUGUC